CUUCUUUGAGACUCCGCUCAAGAAGGUCGUGUUAGCGCUUCGCUUGGCUCAAAUCCACUUCCAGACUCGGCUCGCGCUCGUAUUUACAGUUAGCUUCGGGACGAACGCGAUCUAAUUCGACAAAAUUUGGAUUAAUUCUCAGUGGAUUUUCGAAAAGGAUUUUCCAAAAGGCAAUUAAGGAAGUGAUUCGUGGAUGUUGUCGCACGAUACGAUGCAGCAUGCAACCACAAGAAAUCGCUUGAAACGUCGCUGUUAAAGCGUCAACAGCAAUUGCCAUAAUUGCCAUUGGAGCACCACACAUAGACAUACUAUCCACAUACACACACACACACUCCAGAGGACGUAAACGGAGUCCAAUAACCCGGCACCCCGUAUCCAAGAUCCCAACCAACCAAACCAACCAUCCAUUGGACCAUCCGCCCGGCACCCGGACCAAUUCAGCCAUCACAAAACGAAACUCGCCACACGAGCCAUCGGCGGCAGGCACUCCACUCCAAUCCAAUCCAAUCCAAUCUGCAGCACCACUCCACCACUCUGUGCCACACACACACACACUCAUAACGGCGUAAAUCGUUUUGCCGCAAAUCCAGCUGAAUUGUAACAGAGACGCCGCAUAGCGCAUAGCGCCGGAAAAUCCCCAAAAGCCGCGACCAGGCCAAAAACCAGUGGUGAGAAGAUCAAUGAACGCGGCACGCAGCUGACAGGCUUUGGUAUUUGGUAUUCAGUAAUCAGUAUUCGUUACUCGGUCUUCACUGUUUGGUGUGUCCAGCGGAGCGUAGGAAAAGCGAAACGGCUUCAAGUUCAGGCCGUAAGCAGGAAGUUGUGCGGCUGCACCUUAAUUGGAGCCAGUGUCAUUACCACCAGGCAGCACAAGGCAGCAACCAACCAAACAAACAACUCACCAACGCUCAUCCUGCUCAAUGUAAGAUGUUAGUGACCAGCAGCCACAUUAACAAAAAAAAUAACAGCACACGCAACACCUGGAGAUGGAGCCAACUGACGUUGGCCAUUAAUCUGUUCGCCUACUGCUGCUGCGCCUCGGCGGCCUCGCCCACCACCGGUGGCACAACGGCGGCUCUGCUAACGGGCCAUCAGCUUCUGCCCUGGCAGACGGCAGCCACGGCGGCCACGCCCUUUACCACCACCCCUGCCACCGCCCGGAACUUGUACGCCCCGUACCAGAGCUUCAGCCAGCAGGACGACAUCAGCUUCAAGGAUGUGCGUCAGCGCAGCGAUGGAACGGUGGUGCAAUCCUUUGGUUCCUACCGCACCGCCCGCCAGUCGGGUGGCUCGGCGGCUGCUCAGCGGCGGUCCGAUGUCGCCGUGGAAAUAGUGCCGGCUCCCUCCGUGGAGCUGCCCCAGGGCGAGCUGAUCACGGUGCCCAAGCAGCUGGUGCCCACGAUGCCGGAGAAUGUGACCCGCCAGGGCCGGCAGCGCAACUACAUGUACAUACCGCUGCAGGAGUCCGGUCAAGGCGUGGGAUCUGGGGCUCUGCUCCAGCUGCGACCCAGCAGGAAUGCCACCCUCUCCGCCCUGGGACCGCCAGCUGAUGGAGUAGCGGCUGUGGCUCACGAGUUCGCCUCCGACUUUGAGGUGGAGGUAGCGAGGGAUCCGGAGCGAACGGAACGCAGCGACUUAAUGGCUGCCGCCAGCUCCACGGACAAGCUGGAGUACGCUGAGCCGGAGAACACCAGUCGCCGGGUAGGCUUCCAGUUUCCCAGCUACAGUCUCAAGCCGGCAAGUCCCUUCCACCCACAGGCCUAUCGGGAGGAUAACCCCAUCUUCGGGGAGACAAGUGGUGGGGGCUAUGAGCCCCAGCCCUACAGCGAGGACCCCGUGGCCGCUCCAGCUCCCACGCAACAGCACGAGACCCGGCACACCCGGCAGCUGUACUUUGACCCGGACACCGCCUCUUCCAGCUUCGAGUUCCCUGGUCUGGUGAGCAACUCAAAGCCGCACGGCCUUAAGAUCUAUCGGGACGAUGUGACCAAGUUCGGCGACAUCAAUGGACCCAUUACGGCUCUGCCUCAGCAGCGACCGCAGCGAGGCUUUUACUUUGGCGACACCGAGUUCCGGACGGGUCCUCCGAUCCGCCAGUUUGGUCCGCAGAAGAACUUCCAGGAGUACGUGGGCCCCAGCGAGUACCAGGGCUCCCGCAAGAGCCGCUACUACCCGUACAAGUCCUCCAGGAGCCCGCGUGUGGUCUUCCCGACCAACGACAAUGUGGGAACCACCGGACCCAGUGGACCAGCAGCCGGCAGCGCUCCAUCCGGCAAUGGAGUCUACUUCAGUGAUAAUAUUGCCUUUAGGGAUCAGAACUUUGGCAUCAAUGAACUGGCCGCCGUGCAGGAUGUGCGGAAUGACUACAGUCUGCAGGACCUGGACAGUGCCUCGGAAGCCACCAGCAGUCCACAGUCGGCCAGCACGUUCAAGGAGAAGGUCGACAUCACAACGGACACGGAGUGCCAGCACCGCGGCGGUACCUGCGAGUUCUUUUUGGGCUGCUGGCUGUCGGGCGGCCUCAUUCAGGGGACCUGCAACGGACUAUUGCGCGGCUGCUGCCACCGGACGGCCAAGUCGGCCAACCUGGGCAGCUCGGACUUCGUCGGCAAUGCCGUAGAUCUCACAGAUCUGCCGCAGAAAAACUUUGGACCGGUCAACAACGAACCCAGCUGUGGCAUUUCGUUGGCCAAACAAACGGCCCAACGCCGCAUUGUGGGAGGCGAUGAUGCCGGCUUUGGAUCCUUUCCCUGGCAGGCCUACAUACGCAUCGGUUCCUCUAGGUGCGGAGGUUCGUUGAUCUCGCGGCGGCAUGUGGUCACCGCCGGACACUGUGUGGCCCGGGCCACUCCCCGCCAGGUGCACGUCACCCUGGGCGACUAUGUAAUCAAUUCUGCGGUGGAACCCCUGCCAGCAUACACCUUCGGAGUCCGACGGAUCGAUGUGCAUCCGUACUUCAAGUUCACCCCUCAGGCAGAUCGCUUCGAUAUCUCAGUUCUGACUCUGGAGCGGACUGUGCACUUUAUGCCUCAUAUUGCACCCAUUUGCCUGCCUGAGAAGAACGAGGACUUUCUGGGGAAGUUCGGCUGGGCCGCCGGCUGGGGAGCUUUAAAUCCGGGUUCCCGUCUCCGGCCCAAGACGCUCCAGGCGGUGGAUGUGCCAGUGAUCGAGAACAGAAUUUGCGAACGCUGGCAUCGACAGAACGGCAUCAAUGUGGUCAUCUACCAGGAGAUGCUGUGCGCAGGAUACCGGAACGGAGGCAAGGACUCUUGCCAGGGUGAUUCCGGAGGACCUUUGAUGCACGACAAGAAGGGCAGAUGGUAUCUGAUAGGUGUGGUAUCCGCAGGAUACUCGUGCGCCUCCCGAGGCCAGCCAGGAAUCUAUCACAGCGUCAGCAAGACCGUAGACUGGGUUUCCUACGUAGUCGGCCUGACGAUGAACAUCUAAGAAGGGCAACUAAUUUAUUCUCAUCGCAUUCGCACCUGCCUGCUAAGUGGGCCCGAAGAUUGUUUUUUGUACAUAACUCACUUCAUUCUGCUUUCGAUUCUGACUCUGAUUCUAAUACUGAUUCUGAUUUCGAUUCUGCUGACUUUUAAUUUAUGAUUAUACGCAAAAAAAAGAAAAAAGAAAUACUUAUAAUUGAACAAAUUAGCGCAGUACAAUUUAGCAGAUAGGAAUGGCUGUGUGUAUCUGCAAGAUAUACACGUGUGCGAUAUUUUUUGCAAAAAAAAAACAGAAGACAACCUAAAUCCCUUAAAUUAACUAAUAAUUAUGGAUAAUUUUACUUAGUCAUAUGCGCUGUUAUGUAAUUUUAAAAACUAUUUAUGAACUACAUUUCGUGUGUAAAUAAAUUAUACAAAUGUUGAAAUGAA